AUGAAUUAUCAAAAUAGACCAUAUCAAUAUUAUACAAUAAUUAGCGGAGAUGUAAGAAUUAUAGUAUCAUUAAAAAUAUAUUUAGAUAAAAUCAAAAAACAUCAAUCUCUAUCAAUUUAUAAUAUGACAGAUGGUAGUGAAAUAAAUUUAUAUAAUUAUGAUUAUAUUUUAUUGGCGUUCAAUGAUGAGAUACCAGAAUAUAAAGUUGAAAAUGUUUUUAUUGAUAGAAAACACUAUGAAAGACUUGAAAUUAAUUUAUAUAAAAUGGUAAAACCUAAUAAACAACAACUUAUUGAAAGAGCAAAAGAACUUGGACAUACAGAUAAAAAUAGAAGAGAUUCAGAUGAGAGUUGGAGAGAGCUUGUUGAUAAAUUGGAAAACGAUUUAGUGGAGCAAAAAGAUUUAGAAGAAGAAGAUUUAGUGCAAGAAGAUUUAGUAGCCAAGUUAACUUGCCCGCUAAAUCAAGAACCAGUAGAAGUGAACAAGUCAUUAUUUAAUCAAUCAUACCCACAUUUAUUUUGUUCGUCAAAACAAGCAUUUGAUGUAAACACAUUAAAUAUUAUGUGUGUAACUGCAAAAACAUUUGACGAAGUUGAGAAUAUAAAAAAGUAUAUAUCAACAUACUUUAUUAAAAUAGGUGGUUCACCAAUAUUUAGAUUUUGGGUGCCAGGUGAUAAACAAAUAAAAGAUUUAUCGUAUUCAGAUGCAGAGAAAACAUAUUUUAGAAGAAGAAUAAUCAAAAUUGAUGGUUAUCCAAAUUUUGAUGUUUACCAAUGGUUUAUGGAGUAUGAACCAAAUCAUUGUACACCAACUUGGGUUCCAGAUAAAGAUAGAAUUUUUAAACGAGAUGAUUGUAGUUUAUGUGUUAAUGAAUUUGCAGGUUGGUUCUAUGAUAGCGAACCAAACGGGGUCAGCACCACGACACUGGAGGGUGUUGAUGUGAUUAUGAACCAUUUGAAGGUUGCAAUUUGUUCUCUUAAUGAAGAACAAUAUUCAUAUCUAAUUAAUUGGUUAGCAUGUAGUCAAGGACGUAAACUUAGGACUGCAUUAAUGUGGAGAUUAUUUAUGGGUGGUAUUGGAAAAGGUAUUUUUACAAAUUUCUUUAUUACAAAGAUUUUAGGUUAUAAUAUAUCCGCAUCACUAUUAAUGGUGGUUGAUGAACCAAUUGUAAAGGAUUGGAAUAAUGUUGGUGAGGGUAUUAAAUAUAUUAUUACUGAACUAUUAAUUACCAUUCGUAAAAGAAAUCAAAAUGAUAAAGUAAAUGUACCUAAUUAUAUGAAUAUGAUUUUCACUUGUAAUUCUGAUAAUAUAAAGAUAGGCGCAUCAGUAUAA